GUCCGUCACAAUUUCCGCUGCAAGGUGGCGAUGUUACCAGUCAUCGAUGGCAGCGUGGCACGACUCCACCCAAUGCUCAAUCGGGUCCGCUUCCUACUCUGGUCGUUACUGACUCUCAACUCGCUCCUGGAUCCGCUCAAAACUCUUUACGGCUACUACUCGUCCGCGGAUACAUCGUUCAAUCGCUUCUCCCCCGAGCUCACGGUCGAGAAUACCUUCAACAAUAUCUCGUCCAAAGUCUGCUCACCGAAUGGACCGUUCCUCGACUGCUACUUUGAGCUACCAGUGUACGGCACCGGGUCGCUCGCGGGCGCCACCUGCCGAUCGUACUACCCCAUCGACAAGGCUCCCACGCAGCACGUUGGUAACUUCUUUGGCAACUGCACACUGCUGUCCGGCGAGCGCAUCGACAUCCCCGACGGCGCUCGAUUUGUCUCGACGCAGUGGUCGGUGCAGACGAGCUCUGUCGACCGAACGUGCCUGGAGAUGCUUGGCGAAGGCGACAGCUUUGCUUGCGACACGAUGACGACAGCCAACGGCCGCGUCAUCAACUACCGCGUGAGCCAAACCGAGACCACCAAGUGGUGCAAGGAGUUUGGUGGUUUCUACAUUCUGAAUGUGACGUCUGGGAUCCAAGAGGUGCUUGUCGCCAACACGUCUGGCGCGCCUGCCUUUACAAGUAUUCCGUUGACGGUUGAGACGCCCGCGUUUAGCAUCAGCUCGCUCACUGGAUGCUCGGCCACCUUGCGCGUCGGCGGCACCGCGAGCCAAAUCACAACAUCAGCGUGGUACGGCGACACGGUGAGUCCGUGGGUAGCCCGCACCACACGCACCGCCAACGGCAACGUCAUCACACUGCGCGACUCGCUUUUCCACGUGUCGACCAGCCAUUUGACCGACGGCGACCAAAACCUCAUCCGACUCCAGUACAAGGACGUCUUUCGCCUCUGCAUUUUGGGAAUCGUCAUCUACUUUCGGGUGUCGUCGAUCUACUGUCCGAUUUGGCUCGCGUUUCGGCGCCAGCACCAGCCGUUCUUGGCGUGGAUCUGGCAGCGUCACUUGGGCCUUGUCUUGCACAAGCGAGAGCGCCACAAUCUCUUCAUCCUCUUGCUUCUCUCUCUCGAAGCCGUCACGAGCGUGGAAGACAUUGUCGUGUACUGCCAGUACACAGUCUACACCAACGGCUCGUCGUAUGGGUCUCUCCUCCUCAUCUACAUGUCGAUCAUGCGCAUCGUCUGGCCGUGCGCGCUGCUGCUGCUCGUCUCCUCGCGGCUCGUUGGCGCUUUCUUUGGCCCCUCGAAAGCGUUUGCCGUCUCGGAAAACAUCUUUCUCCUUGGCGCCCCGGUGGUGUGGAUCUACAUCCCCAUGUACGUCACUAACCGAGGCAUGGGUCUCUUCCAGGGCUACCGCUGGACCGGCGUCGUCGUGCAUCACUACACCAACUCGAUCUACAACGUCUACACGAACCAGCUCAACAGCCUUUCACUCUACUGGCGCCUCUUUGGCGUCUUCACCCUCGUGUCGCCACUCGUGAUUUUCGUGCUCUCGGCCGUCUGGCGGUGCACGACGCAAACGGGCAGCAUCUCGGCGUACCUCCUCUCGCCCGUCGAGCGGCGCGGGGCCAUCCGCAUCGAGUGCAGCUUGGACGUCGCGCCGCAUCUCGAAGCGAUCCUUCGCGACUCGACGUUCUCGGUGCCGCCAAGCAUUGCGCGCCAGAUCACGCGCGCCAAGCUGCCAGUGACGCAACGCUGCGAGGCAGGGAAUCUUGCCGCCGACGGCCUCGUGUGUCUCGUCUACGGUGAGUUCCACGUGCUCGGUUUCGUGGACUGGGGCCUCGUCUUUCCCAUUGAGAAUAUGGCCGGACACGUCGCCGUCAUCGACGGCAACCACGCAGCGUUCGACCCGAGCGUGUCGAUUCUGUCCUUGGUUGAAAUCACAGCGUGCCCAAAGGUACUUGGUAUCACAGACCUCAUUUAACUUGAUAUACGAGAGGUGGACUUGAAACAUCCAAUAAGUUUUCAUAUGUUGAUGACACUG